CCUCAAAAUGGGACACUCCAAAAUUACAAAAUGCCCAGAUUCUCUGGCUCUAAGUCCAACGUUAUAUGAACAAUGGACACCUUCCUCGUACCUUCCUAGUCCAACUAGACUAACAUGUCCUGCGAAUCUUCAGCUUUCCUGUACAAAUUUUAAUCACCGACGCGCUUUUUCCGUUAUAAAGUCUGUGCCAUUGGACCAAAUUGAACCUCAAAUCCAUAACCAACCUCAACACCCCCCUCCUCCAUUGCGUAAUAUACCAAAGAUCCACCCCCCUUCCUCCUCUUCUUUCUUCCACCACCACCAGACACCCACCAACGUCACCGCCACCCACCAACGCCACCGCCUCCUCCUCCUUCGGAGAACCCGCAUUUUCAUCUGGGCAUCCGCUUCCAGCCUCACUGUCGAGGAGCCCAGCGAGAACUCACGUCGCGGAGCAUUGCGUGCGACAUUAAAUCCUAGCCAUGGCCGCGGCGACGCUGCGGGUCGACCAGCUGAGCCAGCUGAGGGACAUCUUCGCGCGGUUCGACAUGGACUCCGACGGCAGUCUGACGAUCCUGGAGCUGGCGGCGCUCCUCCGCUCUCUCGGGCUCAAGCCGUCGGGGGACCAGGUCCACGUCCUGCUCAGCAACAUGGACGCCAACGGCAACGGCCUGGUCGAGUUUGACGAGCUGGUGAACGUGAUAUUGCCGGACAUGAACGAGGACGUGCUGAUCAACCAGGAGCAGCUCCUGGGGGUGUUCCGCUCCUUCGACCGCGACGGCAACGGGUACAUCACGGCGGCGGAGCUAGCCGGGGCAAUGGCCAAGAUGGGUCAGCCGCUGACGUACAAGGAGCUCAGGGAGAUGAUCAAGGAGGCCGAUGCGGACGGCGAUGGUGUGAUUAGCUUUAAUGAGUUUGCCACCGUGAUGGCGAAGUCGGCCUCUGAUAUUUUCGGCAAGUCCUUCUCCUAAUGUAGAUGGCUUCUCCAAUUGUGUAACGUGUUGAAUCUAUGGCAAGCAAGAACGACAUAUGGUCAUCCACAUUGCAGAGAAUUUGUGCAGAUUCGUGGAGUCUCUGCAAAAUCAAUGUCGAUUAGAUGGUUAGAAUUCAAGAAAGCGAGUUCUUUCUUGCUUUGCGAUGCACGUGAUUUGUGCGGCGCAGGGCGAGAACUGGAAAACAUGGGUCGGCCUCGAUUCUUGAUUAAUUCUUUAACAUGUAGAUAAGAUCUGUCAGCUGACAAUUUGUAUCCUAGAUUUAUUCAAUCUCUUGAGUUUCUCUUCUUUGGCAAAGUCCUGAUGUUGGUGUGGAUU